AUGGACAAUUUUAGUAUAAGCUACGACCAGUUACCUAUGACAGAGCCUUUCAUGCAUUGCACCAUUCCCGAUAGAAUACAAUACUAUGCUACAAACAGUCCGGACAAAGCUGCAUUUAUUAUUCAUUCUAAGUCUGGAAGUCGUGAAGUUAUAACAUGUGAAAAUUUAUAUCAGCAGAGUCAGACAUUUGCUAGGGGUCUUGUACAUCUUGGAAUUAAGAAAAGUGACACUAUAGGUCUGUUUUUUCCAAACAGUAAAGAGUGGCUUGUUUCAACCUUUGGAAUAUUAAUGGCAGGAGCGGUUCCAUUACACAUGUCAUUCAAGUACAAGGACGGUCGAGAUAUUAUACCAGUUCUACAGAUCCUACCAGCUUUUGCGAUGGAAAUUCUGAAAAGAGAUGAAAAUGAAAUAAGUCCAAGAGUUUUAGCUACCGGUGGAGUUCCUAUUCCAAAAGAAUGUGCUCAAGUUGUUCCAAGAUUUUGUAAAGAAUUCAUAUGUAUUUAUGGAACAACAGAAAUGGGAGGUGUUUCGGUGAAAAGGUCUCAAGCGGCGUCCGACUUUUCCGACUAUAAUAUCGGUAAACCUUGGCCGGGAGUCGAAAUGAAAGUCGUCGAUACCGAAGGAAAAACACUGCCACAGAAUGAAGUAGGAGAACUCUUUGUUCGAAAUCGAGUUGCUUUUGGAGGUUACCAUAAAAAUCCAGAUAAAACAAAUCAAGUAUUGGGAACUGAUGGAUGGUACAAAACAGAUGACAUAGCGUACAUGAAUGAAAAUGGAGAUUUUACAGUCACAGGACGUUGUUCAGAUAUCAUUUUAUGUCAUGGUGAACCAAUCUCACCAUCUUACAUCGAAGACGAGAUUAAAAUACAUCCAGCAGUAGCAGAAAUGACUGAAUAG